AUGGUGUCCGAGGCCGAGCGCACGGCGCGACAGAAGGCAAGGUACAACCGGCGCAAUGUCGGUCAUCAAUACGCGUUUGCCAAGACAGACGUGACGUCGGGAUGGGUCCCCAAUGACACAGACCUCGCUGCGGCGUGGGCGCUCGACCGCACCGUCACCACCGCAGAGACGUCCGCCAGGGGCCACCGCCGUGUUGACAGCGAGCUCGCUAAGAAUGGCGAGGAGUGGUCGCUUAGCGACUGCUCCGCCAACGCCGGCAGGGGCAAGGCCGCCGGCACGGUGCCGCCAGUGCCUUCGGCAGUGGCCAAGGCGACCCUUCGCACCGCGCAACAGGAGGCGGAGUGGCUCCUCGGCGAGCAUAAGAUCACCUCCCUGCCCCGUUCCCGUCGCCCCUUCCCUCCUCUUCUCCCCCCGCCGCUCGUCGGGUCCGGAGCCAGCAGCGCCACCCACGCACCCGCGGUGCCCCCGGACGUGGGAUUCAUGCCCCUGGCCGACCGGAUCCGCGACCAUCUCGGCGUCUCCUUCCCGCGCAUCAACCUCGACGGCCUCGUGCCGCCCGCCCCUGCCCGCUCCCAGACCCAGCCGAUGAGGGAGAGGGAGGCCGCCGCGGUGGGGGGCAGCCUCACGGCGGAGGAGGCGCGGAAGGUGCUGCGCGCCACGCAGAUGGAGGCGGCGCGCGCGCGGGUGCGUGCGUCCCGCGAGGGCACCGCGCCCUACGCCGAGUUCCUGCGCCUCUGCUGCGACGCCGCGGGCGCGGACGACGGGCCCUCCGUCGCGCGCGCGCUCGACGAGUCCGGAUCCGUCAUCGUGCUCGGCAGGACCGUCUUCCUCAGGCCCGAAAUGGGCUGCAGGCUAGAUUUGAGACUGAGAGUGCGAGACUGGGGAGGCUGAGGAGACCAGAGAGCGGCAACAUUGAGGUGGAACUAGCCAUGAUUGUUGGUGUUGACAGCAUGGUCGCUUCAUCUGGUUGGUUGGCCUGGUCAGCCUCUCGCUUUACCUCCAGUCGUUCCUCCUGACGCCAUGGGCACCGACAUGAAUGACGAGGUUUCAUAUGGAGGAGGGAAGUGAUUUGGAAGUGUCAUAGACGGUGUUGGUGGUGCUAGGGUUCGGCGAACAAGUUAUGUGUAUAUGGCCGCAGGUGCUAGAGGCCACAUAUUGGGCAGGAGCUUUCGUAUGGCGUGCAAGUGCUAGAGGCUACAUAUUGCUGGAAGGUGCUCACUUCACCUUAGGACAUCUCACUCCAAGAAGAAAUUAAAACAGAGUUGGGACGGUGGCGUGGUGUUGGGGCUGUCUUGCGGGUCGGCCGGAGAGGGAGCACACCGAGUGGGCUUCUAAUAACACCGAUGAGAUUCUCGACCAAGGUUCACCUGGCUUUGCGUCCUCCAAUAACAAGAUGCAUGCACCUAUCAAGGUUAGCCGGAAGUUAUCAACUUGCUUUGUAAAAGGCUUCGGAUUUUUAAAUUUUGUAGGAACCCCUUUUGAAUAGAACUUUUUAGAUAGUUGCUUGCAAGACCAAAAGAAAACAUGUUGAAAGAUGAACCCGCUUGUGUAGAAUGCUUUGAGGAUAUUCAUACAAAAUUGUUUGUUAGUGUGCUUGCUUGACUGGGUUAAUAAAAAGAAGCAUGCAACAGUAAAGGAAAGAAGCUAUUGCCCAUGUACAGAUCAAGUGAUUUUAGUCUGUCUUUCUGGAGAAGCCUAAACUGAAAAUAACUAGCUUUAAGUACUUUUCAUUCAUAUGCAUUCCCUACUC